UUUACAUCUGCGAAUAGCUUCAUUGCUGCGGGCUGCCUUUACCACUGAGACACUCAUAUACAUUCUGCCUCACACCCUCCUGUCUAUUGUAGAGGCGGCCCUCGGAUUCCCUCUCUUUUUUAUCUGAAAUUGAACCCUUCUUUUGAUACCCAUCAAAAUGUCCGAUGCCCUUGCUUUUCUCUCGGACAAUCCUGUGACUGCCGCCCUCAAAGAUGCAUAUAGCUCAUUCUCCGCCCGGAGGCAAGCAUUAGGUUUGCCCAAUCCAGGAACCGUAGAAAAUGUCGCCAGAGAAGUUCAGAAGGAUGUCCUCCUAUCCAACUUUAUGUUCACAGGCCUCCGCGCCGACCUGACAAAAGCCUUUGGCAUGUCUCCUCUCUUCCGCGUUUCCCACGCCUUCACAAUGGGUUCGCAGCAAGGAACCCUUCCUCCAUAUACUUUUUCUUCUAUGUUUGGAUCCCCUAAGGUCUUCUUGCAAGGAAACCUCGGCAAUGAUGGAGCUCUUGCUGCCGUAGCCAACUACAGAUGGAAUUCCGCAUGGGUUACAAAAACGAACACGCAGAUAAUGCCAGGAAGUACGCAAGGCUUGAUGCAAAUCGAUAACGACUACACCGGCUCAGACUUCUCCGCUUCCCUUAAAGCCUUCAACCCAUCGUACCUAGAAGGCGGACUUACCGGAAUAUUUGUCGGAAGCUAUCUCCAAUCUGUCACACCAAACCUGGCAUUGGGACUCGAAGCAAUAUGGCAGCGACACGGCCUUGGUGUCUCGCCGGAAACCGCCGUGUCCUAUUGUGCUAAGUACAAGGGCGAUGAUUGGAUUGCCAGUGCCCAGCUUCAAGCCCAGGGCACCAUCAGUGCCUCGUACUGGAAGAAGUUGUCUGAAAAGGUCGAGACUGGUGUUGAUAUGACCCUGAACUUCGCCCCCAAUCCCUCGGGACUCAUGGGUGACACCCGCAAGGAGGGCACCGCGACCGUCGGUGCCAAAUACGAAUUCAGAGCAUCCACCUUCCGAGCUCAGGUUGAUAGUUCUGGCAAGCUGAGUUGCCUCUUGGAAAAGCGCGUCGCCAUGCCUAUCUCUCUCACUUUUGCCGGAGAGAUUGAUCAAGUCAAGCAACAAGCCAAGCUUGGCCUCGCCGUCUCCUUCGAAAUGGCCUCGGAAGAGCUGGCGGAACAGCAAGAAUCCCUCGAGAUGCCCAAUGUUCCCUCUCCGCCAUUCUAAGCUUGCAAACUCCUAUGCAUCCCUGCAAUUGCGUCAAAUGGAUGGCAAAGAUACUGGACGACAAAAGCAAAACAGGAAAACUAUAUCCCAAUUGCAACCCUCGACAGUCUCACCAACGACACCAACCCCAGCCUCACUUUUACCCACUACCAACCACCGAACCACCCUUCACACCUCUCACCACCAUACCAACCCUCUCCUUCCAAUCCCGUGUUUUAGUAGCUCUAUAUUAUCUUCGCUCUUCGUCCCGUGAACACCAUUUCUCAUCUCUCAUCCAUAUCUAGACCUAUGUACGUCUACCCAUCCUUCCUGAAACCAUUAGCAGCACGUGGGUGACUGGCGCAGAGAUGAAAUCCUCCCGCUGUCAAAACAUCUGAUGAUCGAGACCUUUGUUUUCCUCCGCUUCCUUGUUUCCUUUUUGUUAUUUUUCCUUAUCGUGUAUAUCCGAGAUGGCUUGAAUUAGCCUUUCCCUGGGGACGGUGGAUUAGGGACUAGGGCAAACAAAAUAAAGAGGACAUAUAAUCCAUUUCAAAAUUUUCAUUUCCAUCUGUUCACUCUGACAUUAUAUAUAUAUAUAUAUAUGAUAUACACCUAUUUCUCACUUCCCCUUUUUUCCCCUAUUCGUUUUGGAUUUUUCUUUCGUCAGCUGGUAUCCUCCCCCCCCUUUCCCGUGUUUAGCUUCGCCUCCGUGCGUACGUUAAUGUAUUUCUCACUUUUUGUGUUUGGG